GUCUUCCCAUCCUCGUUCUCUAUCUUCCACAUCAUUCAAAUUCUCUCUCUCUCCCUCUCCCUCUCUCUCUCUCUCAUUUAUAAAGCUUGAUCGGUUGAUGCCCUCUGAUUCUUAACCACCGAAGGGCAUAGGCUGUUCAGCACAGAGACACUGGACCAGGCACAGAAAGUUGAGCAUGGCUUCCCUGAGAUUGAACAGUGGGAAAAGUUGUCUCCUUUUUCUGUUUCUCUCUGCUUUUGCGGCAGAAAUCAGCACUUGCCUUGGUUCCAAGGUGCAUGUGGUUUACAUGGGAAGCGUAAGAAAUGAAGACCCAGAUGACUCUUUGUGGCAAGACCACCAGAUGCUUGCUUCCGUGCACAGUGGAAGCAUGGAGGCAGCACAGGCAUCGCAUUUGUAUAGCUAUAGGCAUGGUUUCAGAGGCUUCGCGGCGAAGAUAACUGAUCAGCAAGCUUCUGAAAUUGCUAAGAUGCCAGGAGUGGUCUCUGUGUUCCCAAAUACCAAAAGGAAGCUACACACUACACAUUCUUGGGAUUUCAUGGGUCUUGUGGGUGAAGAAACCAUGGAAAUUCCUGGGUACUCCACAAAGAACCAAGUGAAUGUCAUUAUCGGUUUUAUCGAUACAGGAAUAUGGCCCGAAUCAUCGAGCUUCAGCGACGAGGGAAUGCCUCCAGUCCCGACCAAAUGGAAGGGGCAAUGCCAGUCUGGAGAAGCAUUCAACAUUUCAUCCUGCAACAGGAAACUGAUCGGAGCAAGAUUCUACUUGAGUGGCUAUGAAGCUGAAGAGGACAUGACCAGCAAAGUUACAUUCAAGUCUCCCAGAGAUAGCUCCGGGCACGGGACUCACACAGCCUCUACCGCAGUAGGCCGCUAUGUUCAGAACAUGAACUACAGUGGCUUGGCGGCAGGAGGAGCCAGAGGCGGUGCACCAAUGGCUAGGGUUGCUGUGUACAAGACGUGCUGGGAUUCUGGUUGCUACGAUGUGGACUUACUGGCCGCCUUUGAUGACGCUAUUAAGGACGGUGUGAACAUUUUGUCUCUGUCACUUGGUCCCGACGCUCCUCAGGGCGAUUAUUUCAGUGAUGCCAUCUCUCUCGGGUCAUUCCAUGCAACCAGUCAUGGAAUUUUGGUGGUUGCCUCUGCUGGCAAUGAAGGGAAUGCUGGUUCAGCAACAAAUCUCGCACCAUGGAUGAUCACCGUUGCAGCAAGCUCAACGGAUAGAGAUAUCUUAUCUGAUAUCAUGCUGCAAAAUGGUGCAAAUUUUACGGGUGCGAGUCUGUCAGUCCUUGAGAUGAACACCUCCGCGAGAAUCAUACCUGCCUCCGAAGCCUAUGCAGGAUACUUUACUCCUUAUCAAUCCAGCUUCUGUUUAGAGAGUUCCUUGAGUCGUGCUAAGGCCAAAGGGAAGAUUCUGGUGUGUCAGCAUUCAGGAAGCUAUACCGAGUCGAAGCUGGAAAAGAGUGUGGUAGUAAAAGAAGCGGGCGGGGUUGGGAUGAUACUGAUCGAUGAUAACGAUAAAGAUGUUGCUAUACCAUUUGUGAUUCCUUCGGCCAUCGUUGGAAAGGGAACCGGGAGGAAGAUCCUCUCAUAUAUAAAUCAUACACGAAAACCAACGUCCAGGAUCUUCUCUGCAAAAACGGUAUGGGGGGCUCAACCCGCUCCCCGGAUUGCUGCAUUCUCUUCGAAGGGUCCUAACUACAUAACUCCUGAAAUCCUAAAGCCCGACAUCGCGGCUCCUGGACUGAAUAUCCUUGCAGCCUGGUCGCCUGCGGUUGCAAAAAUGCAGUUCAACAUUCUCUCGGGUACCUCUAUGUCUUGUCCUCACGUGACCGGCAUCGCAACCUUGAUAAAGGCAGUUCAUCCAACCUGGUCGCCUUCAGCUAUUAAAUCCGCAAUCAUGACAACAGCCACUAUGUUAGAUAAGAAGCGAAGGCCCAUCACGGUGGACCCUGACGGCCGGAGGGGCAGUCCGUUUGAUUUCGGGUCUGGUUUUGUGAACCCUACCCGUGUCCUCAAUCCUGGGCUCGUUUACGACGCACAGCCUGAAGAUUACAAAGCCUUCCUGUGCUCAAUCGGUUAUGACGAGAAAAAGCUGCGCCUGCUUACAAGAGACAACAGCACAUGUGAUCCCAGACCUGCAUCAGCAACCGGACUGAACUAUCCGUCCAUUGUGGUGCCGCACCUCAAAGACGAGAUCUCGGUAACUCGGACUGUGACGAAUGUCGGGAAACCGAUAAGUGCUUAUGAAGCCAUGGUUUCGCAUCCUAGAGGAAUUAACGUCACAGUCAUGCCAAGGCGGUUGGUUUUCGAGAGAUAUGGACAGAAGAUCAGCUUCACCGUGAAGUUCAAGGUAGCUGCGCCGACGCAGGGAUACACGUUUGGCUUCUUGGCCUGGAGGAGUAAGACGUUGUUGGUGACAAGCCCUUUAGUCGUCCGCCGCGCAUCCUCGUCGUCCGAUAUGGGGUUGAUAUGAUGAAGGAAAUUGCCGAAUGUGAAAAUUAGUCCUUUAGGAUCUCCAAGAAAUUGUCAAAGCUUUAGAGCAUACAGAAACAUAUACAGUUGUAGAAUCAAAUGAAGAUUAAUAUCAAAGGCCAGAAAAUCAGGAGUGCAAAAGUUGAGGUCA